UUGUUUGAAUGCUCACUAUUUGAGUUCACAAACAUCCGCUAGCUUGUAUUUUAAGUUCAACAAGGACUGGAUUAGAAACAAAGAAACAAAACACAUGUGAGGUCAAACUGCAAGUGCUUAAAAUCAAUUCCUGAUCCUAUGUGACGGAGCUCAUAGAGUCGGCUUUAUAAUUUAAUAACUACCGGAGUUUUUCAGAUUCAAAUUAAAAUGUGUAAUUAAAAAAGUAAAAAAUAACACGAUGUGGUCAAUGUCAAUGUUUUGUCUAGCGACAUUAUCGCUCGUGCUGUUGAUGUGCGUGUCUCAUGUGUCGGGCUCGGGAGCACUGUACGACCCGCCAAAUCGCGCCGUCAUGUGGAAAUACGGGUUCCCCGUCAAGAAAAACUACAACUAUAUGCAGCUAAACUGUGGGGGUGAAAGGCAAGAUCGUGACGGGCCUCCAAAUUGCGGAGUGUGCGGCGACCCUACGGACGGGCCUCGCGAGCACGAAAAGGGAGGCCAAUACGGCACGAACAUGAUCAGCAGAUAUUACCCAGCUGGCGUCAAAGAGUUAAAAGUAAAAGUCGAGCUUCUUUCGUUCGAGAAGGGUUUUUUUGAGUUCCGGUUGUGCCCCGUAAACAACGGGACGGUGACGCAGGCGUGCCUUGACAAGCACCUGUUGCCUAUCAAGGAGGGCUACCUCGCCGGCACGCCAAUGCGGUACUUCCCAGACAAGGCCGGGGACUUCCGACUGACGGUUGCGACGCCGCCUGACAUGACGUGUGAGCGGUGUGUGAUUCAGUGGCGGUACCAUACAGCAAACAGUUGGGGCGUAGAGGAAGGAACUGGACGGCAGGGGAUGGGGGUGGGUAAACAGGAAGACUUCUACAACUGUGCAGACAUCCGAAUUGGAGGAUCGAUCCCAGAUAGCGUCCGUGCAAACCCAUUCUUUGCGCCGCCAGACCCCAUAAUAACGGAGAGCGCAGUUGACAUAACAACGGACCGGCGGCACCAGCUAGCCACAAGCAUGGAGACAGUGGCCGUCGGGCCAGCCAUUGUGGACCAUGUGCCACCCAAACAACGGGCCGUUCCCUUCGACAAGAGCAGUGCGACACGCACUUCCAGUGACGCCUGGGUGGAUUCAGCGCUGACAAUGAACGGCGGAAAUGGAGGCAAAGGAUCCGUUUCUGUUGGAAUAAGAGGGGAUGAAAGCUUUGGAUUAGACAAUACACUCAUUAGUGAUCCAAAUAUGAGAACAGAAAAUACCCAUAAUGUAAGAAUCAUAGAUGAAAUAAAAGGUGUCCCACUCGGACAAAAGAGUAAGGAUCCAAUCGCUGCAAUUAAUAGCGGGUUGAGUCAAGACAGGUCAGGCAUGAUGUCCACUCAAACACAAAAGAAGAUUGGUCAGUCAGCUACUAUGGUAACUGCAGGAGCAAACAUAAAUCCACAAGCCAUUUCAGACUUAGCAGCACAUAUGAUGCGCGGAAAUCAGGCCUCAGACAGCAGUGCUUCGGGUGUUAUGUCAAACUCAGGCCGCAUGGAAACGGUUUUGCCACCAGAGAGUUUCAACGUGUUAGAAACUGCAGCAAUAAAUAAUGGUCAGAGACAGAGAAUAUUCAUCCUUAAAAAACCUUCACAAAAAGGAAAGAUAUUUACUUCAGAAAUUGUGGUACAGGAUGCGCAAUCAGUCGGCAUGACAAGCCAACCCAUCAUGUCUUCUGUAGGCUCGAGUGUGGCACAUACGAGUGGUAUUUCAGGAGUUGCGUACACGGAAAAUGUGAACAUGGGCAGAAGCACUGCUGCAAUGGAUUCUUCGGGAAGUUUCAACAAGAUCGUUUUUGAUCAGACAAACGCAGACACUUCACAGGCAUAUCCGCCCGGAUUUACAGAACCAGGUUUCACAGAGCAAGGCCUAACAAAGCCUGGUGGUGCAGGCCCUGCUUUUACGGUUCCUGGUGUGAGAGACCCCGGAUAUACGAAAUCGGGAUCCAUGUUUAGAUUAGAUGGCAUUAAAUCAAAUAAUUUAGGGCAAUCGGAUGUUACUUCCCAUGGAGUCACUGUUGGUGGGCAUGUAUCACCUCCGGUUAAAAACGUGGGAGUUGUGUCAUCAGGCAUGACAGGAGAAUUUGGAACUCACGGUUCAAGAUCUGUGACUCAUUUGAACAGCAUUGAUUCACGUAAAAAUGGAGAUGUAGUACGACCGGCAGUUUUCUCUUCAGGAAUGAAUGUUGUAUCUACAGGUCCCGAUAUAGUUGGUCAAAACACUGAGCAGUAUCAACAAAUAGGUUCGAGAGCUUUUGCUAAAUAUAAUACAGCUGCUAUGGGAACGGAGUCGGCCAAGACGUCGAGUUUAAGAGAAACAGGUCAGUCUAUGGUAGAUGCAUCUGGACCGAAAGUUGAUAAGAUAACUGAAGGGGGGUCUAAAAUUGUAGACAAUAUCCACGCGACUGGCAUCAUUCAUGAUUCUACGGCAAAUGCAGAUGCCUCAAGACCGAUUGCAGAUGUCUUUCAGGGAGCGUCUCAAGGAGACUCCGCGUUUACAAGUUCGGGGUCCAUGUUUAAAUUCGGAGGCAUUAUAUCCGCGAAUUCAGGACAAUCGGUAAUCAUUGAAGACCAUGGAGGCAUUGUUGGAGAUCAGGUACAGCCUCUGGCUCAAGACGUCGGGGUUGGGCCAUCAGUUAUGACAGGAGAAUUCGGACCACAUAGCUCAGGAUCUGUAGUUCAUUCAAAUAAGAUUGAUUCCAGUAUUAGUAGAGAUCUAGGCGUAGGAUCGGCAGUUUUCUCUUCAAGAAUGAAUGUUGAAUCUCCAGGUCUGAAUGUAGUUGGUCAAAACACUGAGCAGUAUCAACAAACAAACGCUGGAGCUUCUGCUGAAUAUAAUAAGGCUUCAAUGGGGACAGGGUCGGUUAAGGUAUCGAGCUUUAGUGAGGCAAAUCAGCCUAUGGCAGGUGCCUCUGGACCGAAAGUUGACAAGGCAUAUGAAGGGGCCUCUAAAACUGUAGACAAUAUCUACACAUCUAGCAUAAUUCAUGAUUCUACGGCAAAUGCAGUUAACUCAAGACCGAUUGCAAAUGUCUUUCAGGGAGCAUCUAAAGAAGACUCCGCGUUCACAAGUUCGGGGUCCAUGUAUAGAUUCGGAGGUAUUAUGUCCGAGAAAUCAGGUCGAUCGGUCGUAAUGGAAAACCAUGGAGGCACUGUUAGAGAUCAGGUACAGUCUCUGGCUCAAGACGUCGGGGUUGGGCCAUCAGUUAUAACAAGAGAAUUUGGAACACACAGCUCAGGAUCUGUAGUUCAUUCAAAUAAGAUUGAUUCUAGUAUUAGUAGAGAUGUAGGCGUAGGAUCGGCAGUUUUCUCUUCAAGAAUGAAUGCUGAAUCUCCAGGUCUGAAUGUAGUUGGUCAAAACACUGAGCAGUAUCAACAAACAAACGCUGGAGCUUCUGCUGAAUAUAAUAAGGCUUCAAUGGGGACAGGGUCGGUUAAGGUGCCGAGCUUUAGAGAAACAAGUAAGCCUAUGGCAGAUGCCUCUGGACCGAUGGUUGAUAAGAUAUAUGAAGGGGGCUCUAAAACCGUAGGCAAUGUACACACGACUGGCAUCAUCUAUGAUUCUACGGCAAAUGCAGUUGGCUCAAGACCGGCUGCAGAUGUAUAUCAGGGAACGUCUCAAGGUGGCUUCGGAUUUGCAAAUUCGGGGUCCAUGUUUAGACUCGAAGGUAUUACAGGGAAUUCAGGUCGAUCGGUUAUUAAGGAAUCCCAUGGAGGCACUGUUAGAGAUCAGGUACAACCUCUGGUUAAAGACGUCGGGGUUGGGCCAUCAGUUAUGACAAGAGAAUUUGGAACACACAGCUCAGGAUCUGUAGUUCAUUCAAAUAAGAUUGAUUCCAGUAUUAGUAGAGAUCUAGGCGUAGGAUCGGCAGUAUUCUCUUCAAGAAUGAAUGUUGAAUCUCCAGGUCUGAAUGUAGUUGGUCAAAACACUGAGCAGUAUCAACAAACAAACGCUGGAGCUUCUGCUGAAUAUAAUAAGGCUUCAAUGGGGAUAGGGUCUGUCAAGGUGCCAAGCUUUAGUGAGACAAGUCAGCCUAUGACAAAUGUCUCUAGACCGAAAGUAGAUAAUGUAUUUGGAAGCGCCUCUCAAGUUGUAGACAAUGUCUACACAUCUGGCAUCAUUUAUGAUUCUACGGCAAAUGCAAAUGCCCCAAGACCGGCUACAGAUGUGUAUCAGGCAUCGUCUCAAGGAGACUCCGGAUUCGGAACUCAAGGUUCAGUAUAUGAAGUUCACUCAAAUAAGAUUGAUUCAAAAAUAAAUAGAGAUGUAGGCGUAGUAUUGGCCUUGAAUCACGGUUCUGAUGCCAAAAAGGGUUCAGCCUCCUUCGACGCGGUUGGUGUUCCUGGUGUAAUUGAAACGUCAACGUCCGCCGCAAAUGAAAACAACAUGGUGUCUGGACAGCAAGGAUCAGUAAAGGUAGACAGCAAUGUAAAUAUGCUUGUACUUGAUGUUCAGAAAGCUUUGGGAACACAAAUGAGUACAGUGUCUGAAGACAGGAAUGGGGCAGUAGCAGCAGAGGUAAACCUUGUCACAAAGCCUCAUUCGCUCGCGGGAUCAGUAGUUGACUUGUCAGAUUCUGCCAGAGCAAGAAUGACAAUUGAACGAAGUCGAGAGACGCUGGGUAAUAUUGGAGGUAGAUCAAGGUCGGCAGCAGAAAGUUUGACGACAUUAGAUCUUCGUGGCACACAAAGACGGCCUGAUGGGCCACCGAACAUAUACAACCCUCUGAGAAGAAUUGAUAUGUCAAACAGAGGGUCUAUAACAGCUGUACCCACCAGCGCCAGUCCCAGUAACGAAGUAAAUAUCAAGCAGGAACUUCGAUCUUUUAACAUGAGAACUAUUCCGAACAACAACGUUUUAGGAGCUGGUAUACAAAUAACAUCGUCGGGAAGCAUGGUCGCAGGGUUCGGUCCAAGGCGAGAAGACAUGACCCGCAGUCAAGAUAGAACUGGCCAUGGUAGCUUAACUGGAGGUAUGGAUUUUAUACCGGAAGGAAUCAUACCAGGUAGAGACAGGAUAAGGAUAGUGAGGAACCAAAGGACAGGAGAGGAGGAGCGUGUUUCGAGCGUGCGACCUGCUGGUGGGAGGCCGGAUGUCCGGGAUCCAAGGUUGUCUGUUAUACGUCAGGACUUUGGCGCAACUAGGUCGGGUGAUAGUGGGCUAUUCGGACCAGACUUAAGAGACACACGGAUGUCAGCUCGAAGACAAUUCGACUUCCGGACGUCAGGACCAACACGAGGUAUAGCUCCAGAGACAGGUGGAGCAGGCUUCAGACCAGGCAUUGACGGCACUAGGCCAACCGGUAGGAGAAUAGAAGGUAAUAUAGCUGGAGGUGAUAGGUUUACAGGAGAGGCAACAGGAGAAUCAUCAAGUACAUCAUCAAUGCAAAGCACAGACAGGGUUGGUGUAGAAGGCGGGAUUCGUAGGUUUGGGAUGGACUCAUUCAGAUCAGGUGAUGAAUUUAGGUCUGGCACAGAUUUUAGACGAAUGGAUGGCAGUUCUUCAGGUAGAUCGGAAUCAACACGAAUUCUAAGACCGAUGACAGGCUCGGAUAGAACACCAGAUAUACGGCCGAGUACCGGAAGCGACACUAGAAGGAGGAUCGAUGGUAGACGAGAAGCAAUGCCCGGUGGUACAAUGUUUGACGGUCGGCGAGGAGAUAUGGGUGGUGGACGGGUUGACUUCAUGGGCUCUGCUAUAAGUGGAAGAGGUCCAGUUUCUGGUCCUAUAGCUGGUUUAGGAUUUCGACCACCAGGACUAGGGAUGCCGCCACCCGGCUUCCAUAUGGGCGGCGGCGGCGGUGGUGGUGGUGGUGGUGGUGGUGGUCCAGGCUUUAUGAUGCCCGGGGGGAGCCACGGUGGGCAUAUGGGAGGACCACCGUUUCCGGGACCGGGAAUGCCAGGUGAUGGGUCUCCUUUUGGUCUUGGCAUGCCCAUGUUUCCAUGAGGACUGAGAUGAAAUGUAGCAUUUCAAAAUUGCCUUAACUUCAUUUUAUGUUUGAAAUAUAAUUAAAUAUGAACCAGA